GAGGUGCGCGCAACCGAUGUCAGCUCUCAGGUCUCAGAGGAGGGCGCCAAAUAGGAAGAACGGCAGAUGCGUAAUAAAAUCCAUCCAUUCGGGUAUGCCUCUAAUCACAACAAACCGCAUCACAACUCCUUCUCUUCUUUACGUUCACCUAUGAGUGACCCAUCGAGACGGAGCAUCGCGUCGCCUGGACAAAGACAAAGGCUGAAAACAUGGAGGCAGACAGUGUGAGCAUAUGGCCACGCAUGGAACCCUUCUUACUGGGUGCCCUGCAGGUGGCUCCCUCCUCCAAACUCAGCCUGCACUAUCUUCGUAAGAUGGCGAUCUACGUGCGAACACGGGACGGAUGCUUCCCCAUUUUGGGCUGGCCCAUGUGGAAGCAUAUUGCCUGUGGAAAGCUACAGCUUCCAGAAGACCUCGCAUGGCUCUACUUUGAGACCUUUGACCUUCUUGUAGGCCACACACCAGAGGAGAGGCUGGAGUGGGCAGAGUGUCUUUCCCAGUGCUCUUCUAAAAGCGAGCUGGACCAACAAAGGAACAAGUUGUCUGUGGACACAGUGCAGUUCCUCCUCUUCCUCUACAUCCAGCAGCUGAACCGCAUGUCUCUGCGCACCUCUCUGAUCGGUGAAGAGUGGCCCAGUCAUCGCACUCGCUCCCCCUCUCCGUCAGACCGAGAGGCCAAGACCAGCUCCCAGAACAAGAACUGGGACGAUCAGGCCCACCUGUCAUUUGUGCAAAGCCAUCUAGCUGAGAUUCUGGAGCUGCUGGUGGAGCCGGGCCAACUGUCCCAGUCUGGACAGGCCCUCAGAGAUUGCCAGAUAUCUCUGGAGGCUGUGCGGAGCUUGGGCCUGCUCUUGGAGGGCUCCGCCUGCCACAGCCGAGCCGUUCAGCCCGUCCACAGGCUGCUGACCAAAGGUCUACUCCAGGCGCAGUCCGGCUACUCCACGCUCAGCCGCUCCUUCGCCCUGCACAAGCUGCUCUCGUGUCUCCAGCACAGCCUCACACUCAACCCCUUUGGGAUGACUGCCUGCCUGCGAUCAGGCAAGAAACUAGCCUGGGCUCAACAAGUGGAGGGGACCAUGAAGAGAGCCAAGAUAGCCCGGAACACCCACAUGGCUCCACCUGGCAGUAAGAUGGUGCUGAUGUCGCAGGUCUUCAAACAGACCCUGGCGAAAACCUCCGACAAGCUGACCGGUGCCAACAUCAAAAUCCACAGAUGCUCCGACUCCUUCAUAUACCUCCUCUCCCCCCUCAGAUCCGUCAGCGUGGACAAAUGCCGGGACUGCACACUGGUUCUGGGCCCUGUUGAGACCAGCGUCCACAUCCACAGCUGCCAGAACCUGCGGGUGGUGUGCGUGGCCGGCAGGAUCGCCGUCGGAGUCUCCUCCCAUUGCACCAUCCACGCCUUGACGCCCACCUACCCCUUGCUCCUACCCGGAAACACGGACCUUACCCUGGCGCCUUACCACACCUUCUACCCCUCCCUGGAGGAUCACAUGGCCAGCGUGGGGCUGGCCGUGGUCCCCAACGCCUGGGAUCGACCCUUGCUCCUCGGGGCCGAGGGCCUCGCCAACCCCUCGCCCAACGCGUCCUCCAACCCGGACCCCGCCUGCUACCGGCUGCUGCCCCCGGCCGAGUUCCACACGCUGGUUGUGCCUUUCCAGAUGGAGGGCGACACGUGCGAGGUGCCGGGAGGGUUGCCUCCUCCGUACCAGGCAGCGGUGGACGAAAAGCAGAAGAGGAUACAGAACUGGCAGAAGACUGUGAUGGCUGCCCGGCUGAACAAGGAGCAGAAGCGGCAGUUCCAGGAGUUGGUGGAGGUCAAGUUCCACGAAUGGCUUCUGGCAACAGGGCACAGGCAGGAACUCGACAGCCUCAUCCCACCCACGAUGGCCUCUUUAAAGGACUCCAACGGGCCGGCAACGGACACGACACGAGUCAACGAUACCAGACAUAUUAGGAGUGGACAGGCGGUGGGACGGUCACCGAUGGCUUGUUGAAUGUUAGCCUUGUUUGGAGCUUAAUGGAGCUGGAGCGUCUUACUGACGCUUACUGACAUUUGGAGCUCCUGUAAGUUCAAAAACAAACCGACGAGUGCGUUUAGUGCCAGUAUUAUUGUACAGUAUGCUUGUGGUUAUUUACAGCUCACUCUGGUAAGUCUGGAGCUGUCUGAUUCAGCUCUAUUUUCUUUUUUUUUUUUGCAACGCUGAAAGACUGUGUGGGCUGCUUUACAAGUCCUUAAGAAAAAGGCAGCUAUGUCCAAGCCAAGUAUGGAGUGGAUUGGCAUGUUGUAAAACAACAUUGCAAGCACCACUUCCUUUGAGGAGAGCUUUAGGCACAGGUACACAGGGUGUAGCAUUUGUGAAGUCGCCACAGGCUUCUAAAGGGACCUUUUGAAAAAGGCUUAGAUUUGAGUUUACAGCUGAAAAUCUGUAGCUGGCGGAGAUUAAAUUUGGCGCAGCCGAGGGAGGGACGAGGCACUGAUUGACUUUCUGCUGAGAAACCUGUCUGUUUAUGCCCUAAAAACGUGUUCUCUUGACGCACCAAUAGCUCUUCACUUCACUUUUUGCGUCGGAUGUUUUGGAGUCGGCAUUUAGUGGCCAUUACAGGAGCUUAAACUUAAAGCACUUGCGAUUUGGUAUCGUCUGCACUCUGCUUCAGGGGAAGCCGUGGCUCGCGUUCCUGGAGAGCCAUGACUGCUGUAAACACUUGGGCUCUCUUUCUAUACAGCCGGGAGAGAUUGUCAACAUUUCUUCCCAAACUGGGCCCAGCCUACAUAUGUACAUGCUAUUUUCUGGAAGAAAAAAAAAAAAUAAGUGCAUUAAAAGAUAGAGAAUGUAGAUGCUAAAUAACUCUAGCAAUUUGGAUAUGGACCUUUUUCACAGCAGACAUUUUUGACUUGUCAUAGUAGGAAAAGCACAGCUGAAACUGAUAACCUUAACGAUGGCUCAGUUCCAUCAAGUGUC